CCCUCUCUCCCUCCCUCCUUCCCUCACAGCAGCCUACCAGGCAGCAAUUACGCUUUGGGGAUAAAACGAGGCUCAGAGAGCAGGCUGGGGCAGUCCUCCCCGAGAUGGCGGGUUUGACAGCGGCAGUCCUGCAGCCUGGCGUCCUGCUGAUCUUCUUGCUCAACCUCCUCCAUCCCGCGCAGCCUGGAGGGGUUCCAGGAGCUGUGCCCGGGGGAGUUCCUGGUGGAGUCUAUUAUCCAGGAGCUGGUAUUGGAGGCCUGGGAGGAGGAGGAGGAGGAGGAGCUCUGGGACCUGGAGGAAAACCUCCUAAGCCAGGCGCAGGUCUUCUGGGAGCAUUCGGAGUAGGUCCUGGAGGACUUGCUGGCCCUGGGGCAGGUCUGGGAGCCUUUCCUGCCGGCACCUACCCAGGGGCAGGAGGUCUGGUGCCUGGAGGAGCAGCAGGGGCUGCUGCAGCUUACAAAGCUGCCGCCAAAGCCGGGGCUGGGCUUGGUGGAAUUGGAGGCGUUCCUGGUGGUGUUGGAGUUGGUGGCGUCCCUGGUGGUAUUGGAGUUGGUGGCGUCCCUGGUGGUGUAGGAGUUGGUGGCGUCCCUGGUGGUGUUGGAGUUGGUGGUGUCCCUGGUGGCUUAGGAGUAUCAACAGGUGCCGUGGUGCCUCAAGUCGGAGCUGGAGUCGGGGCUGGAGUCGGAGCUGGAGGGAAGCCUGGAAAAGUUCCCGGUGUUGGUCUCCCAGGUGUGUACCCAGGUGGAGUGCUCCCAGGCACAGGAGCUCGGUUCCCAGGUGUGGGGGUGCUCCCUGGCGUUCCCACUGGCACAGGAGUCAAGGCCAAGGUCCCAGGUGGCGGUGGAGCUUUCGCUGGAAUCCCAGGGGUUGGGCCCUUUGGGGGACAGCAGCCUGGUGUCCCCCUGGGUUACCCCAUCAAAGCACCAAAGCUGCCAGGUGGCUACGGACUGCCCUAUACCAAUGGGAAGUUGCCCUAUGGCGUGGCCGGUGCCGGGGGCAAGGCUGGUUACCCGACAGGAACAGGGGUUGGAUCUCAGGCGGCAGCGGCGGCAGCUAAAGCAGCCAAGUAUGCAGGCGCUGGAGGAGCUGGAGUUCUCCCUGGUGUUGGAGGGGGUGGCAUUCCUGGCGGUGCUGGUGCAAUUCCUGGGAUUGGAGGUAUUGCAGGUGCUGGAACUCCCGCAGCAGCUGCUGCUGCAAAGGCUGCAGCUAAGGCUGCUAAGUAUGGAGCUGCUGGAGGCUUAGUACCUGGUGGACCAGGAGUUAGGGUCCCAGGUGUUGGAAUCCCAGGUGUUGGGAUCCCAGGUAUUGGUGGUAUUCCAGGUGCUGGUGGUAUCCCAGGUGUUGGUGGCAUCCCAGGUGUUGGUGGCAUCCCAGGUGUUGGGGGCCCUGGUAUUGGAGGCCCAGGCAUUGUGGGUGGACCAGGGGCUGUGUCACCAGCUGCUGCUGCCAAAGCUGCUGCCAAAGCUGCCAAAUAUGGAGCCAGAGGUGGAGUUGGUAUUCCAACAUAUGGAGUUGGUGCUGGGGGCUUUCCUGGCUAUGGUGUUGGAGCUGGAGCUGGACUAGGAGGUGCAAGCCAAGCUGCUGCUGCUGCCGCCAAAGCUGCCAAGUAUGGUGCUGGAGGAGCCGGAACCCUGGGAGGCUUGGUGGUGCCAGGUGGAGGACCAAUUGCAAUGCCAGCCGCAGUGCCAGGUGUGCCAGGCACUGGUGGAGUGCCAGGAGCAGGUACCCCUGCAGCUGCAGCUGCUGCCGCCGCCGCCAAGGCAGCCGCCAAAGCGGGCCAGUAUGGUUUGGGCCCUGGCAUUGGCAGAGUUCCUGGUGGCGUUGGAGUUGGCGGAGUUCCUGGUGGCGUUGGAGUUGGCGGAGUUCCUGGUGGCGUUGGAGUUGGUGGAGUUCCUGGUGGAGUUGGCCCUGGUGGCGUCACCGGUAUCGGAACUGGUCCAGGCAUCGGCCUUGUACCUGGUGGCAUUGGAGGAGCAGGGACACCGGCUGCUGCCAAAUCUGCUGCUAAGGCAGCCGCCAAAGCUCAGUACAGGGCUGCUGCCGGGCUUGGAGCAGGUGUCCCUGGAUUUGGGGCUGGUGCAGGUGUCCCAGGAUUUGGGGCAGGUGCUGGUGUCCCUGGAUUUGGAGCUGGGGCUGGUGUCCCUGGAUUUGGGGCUGGAGCAGUCCCUGGAUCCCUGGCUGCAUCAAAAGCUGCUAAAUAUGGAGCAGCAGGAGCUGGUGGCCUAGGGGGUGCUGGAGGUCUCGGAGGUGCUGGUGGCCUUGGAGGACCUGGGGGUCUCGGUGGGGCUGGUGUUCCAGGUGGUGUAGCAGGAGCUGCGCCUGCUGCUGCUGCUGCCGCCGCCAAAGCUGCUGCCAAGGCUGCCCAGUAUGGCCUUGGGGGAGCAGGAGGACUGGGAGCCGGAGGACUGGGAGCUGGUGGACUGGGAGCCGGUGGACUGGGAGCCGGCGGAGCAAUCCCCGGCGGUGCUGCAGGUGUUGGAGGUGUGUCCCCAGCUGCAGCUGCUAAAGCAGCCAAAUACGGUGCUGCUGGCCUUGGAGGUGUCCUAGGAGCCAGGCCAUUUCCAGGUGGAGGAGUGGCAGCAAGACCUGGCUUUGGACUUUCUCCUAUUUACCCAGGUGGUGGUGCUGGGGGCCUGGGAGUUGGUGGAAAACCCCCAAAGUCCUAUGGAGGAGCCCUUGGGGCCCUGGGAUACCAAGGUGGGGGCUGCUUUGGGAAAUCUUGUGGCCGGAAGAGGAAGUGAUCUUCUGGAGACCCCUGACUCGCGACCUCAUCAACGUUGGUGCUACUGCUUGGUGGAGAAUGUAAACCCUCUAUGACCACCCCCCACUCCAUCCCCUUGAGCCCCACCUGGGAGGGGACAACAGGCCAAUGGCCUUGGAAACCCACAGGACAAGGAAAUCAGACAGCAGCGGCCACGUACCCCCUAACCGGAAAUGUCCCCCCUACAUCAGAGGCCAGGGUGGGUGCCCCAUCUCUUCCCACCCAGGAGCUCACACACACACAGUCUCCAUCUCCAAGGGAAAUUGGUGCUACAUGUUGGUGCUUCUUUUUCGUGGGGGGAGGGGGAGGGAAGGGCAUCCCAUGGGGGCCUUCCCUUCCCUGAACCCCUCUAUUAAGAUGGUGCACACCUUUGCUGGGCAAUCCCACCUCCCCCUGCCCACCAGGAGCCAUCCCUGGCUGCAUCCCACUGGUACCCAAGUGCCGAAAGCAUUGACGCUGGAUUUGGUGACACAACCCCUCUCUCUUCGGGUCUUUUGGUCCCAUACCCCUCUAGCAGUAGCUAUUUCCCACAUCCGGGACACCUUGGAGUCAUAAUGCUCCCACACUGGGAAUAGCUCCCUUGUUCUUGUGGAAUCCACCUGCCCGCUGUCCACCCUCCCGUCCGUCCGUCCAUCCCGACUGCCUAGUGCCACUAGCUGGCUGGGCACGCCCACUAUCAACCUGACUCACCUGUCAUGGCAGCCUGUACCCUGUUUCCACCCCCACCACACACCCCAAAUGCUGGCCUGGGGUGCGAGGGGUCGUGCGGGCUGGGGCAGGACUCUCCUCCCCACAUGCAGUACUGUAUCCCCGUCCCUUCCUGGGGCCACUCUAUUAUAGAGAGCGUCCCGCCACCCCACCUCCCCAUGUUUCGCUGUGAUAGAUCAAUAAAUAUUUUAUUUUUUGUCCUGGA